CAGAUCUGCUGGCUCCGUUCUGAUUAGUUUCUUUAGUGUGACGCCCCCCCCUUCUGCUUGUGAAUGGGAUCUUCCUGUAUUCAGACUCAGCUGCCGUCAGGCAAGGGUAAGCAGCAGCAGGAGCAGGACGAUUACCUGAAGAGCUGCAGCCAUCAAAUUACUAGCUUGCUUUCAGUGAUUUACAUCCCCCCCCCACAUUGGGUCCUUAUCAGGAGGGGUGGGAAAGAAUUUUCUUUGCCCUACGCUCUGGAGAAACUUGUUGGCUGCUGCUACUUUCCUAAAAUCCCACUCCCCAUCCAACCUGUCAGUGCUAGGAGAACUACUACUGAUUUGGAUUAUGCCCUGUACUUCCUCCCCUGCCAGGGAUGCUGUGUCACUGUUACCUUACGCCAGGUGAAAGGGGAGGGGAAUGUUGGCCAAAGCACCACAGGCGUGUCCAUGAGAGGAGGGAGAGGAUUUCCCAGUCUACACAUAAGAAGAAGAAAGGUGCAGUACCAGCUGGGCUGGCUGAGAGAUAAACGAUUGCUGGAGAAAUAAGGAUGGAAACUCCAGAUGGACCAUGGGCAUGGGGGGUGCUGGCAGCUGUUAUGUUGACACAGGGGUUAAGUUUGGGCUUCCCCUCUUGUAUUGGAAUCUUUUACACAGACAUUCAGUCCUCCUUCCAAGCAUCCAACACAGAGACCUCAUGGUUCCCUUCAAUAAUCAUGGCUGUUCUGCAUGCCGGAGGACCACUUUGCACUAUCAUGGUGGAGAGAUUUGGCUGCAGAGCAACAGUGAUGGUGGGAGGACUACUGUGUGGGGUGGGGAUGGUCACCAGCUCCUUCUCUCAGACCAUAAUUCACUUGUACUUAAGUGCUGGGCUUGUUGGAGGAUUGGGUCUUUGCUUCUGCUUCCAGGCUGGAAUCACUGUGCUGGGAUACUACUUUAUUCGGCGUCGGACUUUGGCAAAUUCAUUUGCCUCUGUUGGGUCAUCUAUUGGAAUGGCAUUGUGGCCCCUGGCAUCUCAGCAUCUUCUGGAGACAAUGGGCUGGAGAGGCUCCUUUCUGCUCUUUGGGGGUGUUCUUCUCAAUUGCUGUGUGUGUGGGGCUAUUAUGAGACCCGUUCGAACUCCAGAACCUGCUCAUGAAAAGGAGGCUCUAGCCCCAGAAGCACCAAAUGGAAUUAAACACAAAGUAGAGAAAACAGAAAAGGGUAAAGGCUUCCAAAGGUACAUGGCGUUUGACCUCCUUUUUGGACAUCGUCGUUACCAGAUCUACUCCAUAGGUGUCACCUGGAUGUUUCUAGGUUUUGUCUUACCACUUUUUUACUUGGUACCAUAUGCCACCAACAAUGACAUUGAUGAGACAAACGCAGCACUACUACUAUCUCUUGUUGGCUUUAUGAAUAUAUUUAUGCGUCCCGUGGCUGGCUUGGUAUCUCAACAGAAGGUGUUCCAUGGGAGGCUUAUUUAUCUAUUUAGUGUAGCAGUAAUUUUAAAUGGACUCAGUAACUUAGUUUGUGCAAUAUGGGUGUCUUUCCCAGCCUUUUUGACUUACUGUGCCUUGUACAGCAUAACCAUGAGUUUCAUAGGAUCACUUAUCUUCCAAGUGCUGAUGGAUACUGUUGGGAUGAAGAGGUUCCCUGGAGCUUUUGGCCUCUUCACCAUCCUUGCAAGCAUAACUAUCAUGGCAGGACCACCUCUGGCAGGUUUGCUGGUAGAUAUAACAGGUCAGUAUGGACUAGUUUUUUAUGCCAGCAGCAUUGCAGUCACCUCAUCUGGACUCUUUAUGGGUUUGGCUUCCUUUACAGUGGACAGGAGGGAAGCAAAAGCCAGAAGGUGCAGUCAACGACCUACAGAAGCAACAGAUAAGAAAGAUAAUGGUGGCACAAUAUAUUCUCCCUGCAAACAGGAAGAUUUUGUAUUGUGAAUGAACUGUUUGUAGGCAGAUUUUUAACUAAUUGCAUGAUAAUACAUAGCCUGCAAUCUGCAGUUUUACUCAUGUGAAGGAUGGAUUCAGAUCCAUAGUCCUGAGACAACGUGGUGAAAUAAUUCAGAGAGCUAUGAUGAGCAACUUCGAAACUGUGGGAUAUUAUACAACCUUGUUGGUCAGUUGUUUUUUUCUAAUGGAGCUAAAUAAUGUCUCCUCUGGCAGGAGAAACAUGUCACAGUAGUUCUAUAGAACUUCAGAGCUGAGACAUUCAUGCAUUUUCUUUGUAAUGUGAUUGUGUGGAUGGACGCGGUCUUCAUUUAUCUGUGAUAACUCUUCAGUGUGCAAAAUGGUGAGCAAAGUCCUUCUGUAUGGAUGUGCCAUUGUCCGUUAAGUGGAAAUAUAUUGUGUUGACAAUGCUUUAUUUAUGAAUAUUGGGUGCUCUGCUGUCAAAUGAUAAAAGUGCAUUCAGCUGACAGUCAAUAUUAUGAAAUGAAGGUAACUGCAAUUGCAGCUUUCAAAAGCCUCUUUUUGCCCAAUACAUUAAAGGGGUUGUUCACCUUUAAUGUAACUUUUAAUACGAUGUAGAGAGUGAUAUUCUGAGACAAUUUG